UUUUCUUCAAAAAAUAUGGCUUACUUACAAAAUAAAAAUCUCAUAUUCUUUAAGAAAAUCAAGUAUCGUUUAAUACUUGUUUUAUAAAAGAAAACGGAGCCAUAUAAUGAGAGUUACUGGUGAAAAGAUUUCCCCGCACCACAUCCGUACGUAAUAAUAAUCGCUGUAAGAUUCAAGGGAUGUGCGUUGCGCGGCGCGUAUUAAAAUUCGGACUUUCCCGACAGACGGUAGUUGUAGGAUGGAGCUGCAGUGACAGUGAGAUUAACGCAACAAAUUUCUUUAUGCGUUUAAUAAGUAACACAUACAUAGUGUGCAUUAGCUGGUGAAACUGAGAUUCUAGUGUUCUUUUUCUUAAUAAACGCCGAACAGUGAAGCAAGCGUACAGGGUCCACAGUUCUAAUUGAGAAGGAAGAAUUUACAUGGUGUCAAAAGAUGACUGAUCCGAAAAUUGAGAUGCAUUAUACACCACCAAGCUCGGACACCAUUCAAACAAAACCUUUCCCUAUUCGUGGUGAACGAGCCAAUUUUGUAAACAAGCCACAUGUGAUCGCUAUGGUAGGUUUACCGGCCCGUGGUAAGACUUAUAUUUCGAAAAAACUUUGCCGAUACCUUAACUGGAUCGGUAUAAGUACAAAGGUAUUCAAUUUGGGGGAGUACAGGCGGCAUGCAACGACUGCUUAUCAAUGCCACGAGUUUUUCCGUCCGGAUAAUAUUAAAGCAAUGGCAAUACGUACUCAGUGUGCGAUGGACGCCCUCAAGGACGUUUGUCAGUGGUUGGAAUGUGGAGAUGGUGAGGUAGCUGUAUUUGAUGCCACCAAUUCAACUAUUGAGAGACGCCAGUUGAUCAGGGACAUCGUAGUCGAGAAAAUGGGCUUCAAUCUCUUCUUCGUUGAAUCCGUUUGCAACGACCCAGAGAUUGUUGAACAAAAUAUUAUGGAAGUGAAAGUGAGUAGUCCUGAUUAUGCAAAUAUGAAUAAAGAGGAAGUAUUAGCUGACUUCAUGCUACGAAUUGAACAUUAUCAAGAAAAAUAUCAGCCACUGGAUGAGAAUCAGGAAAGCGAUCUUUCCUUUAUGAAAAUUUACAAUACUGGCGAGAAAGUGCUUGUUCAUAAACAUGAGGGUCAUAUACAAAGUAGGAUAGUCUAUUACCUUAUGAACAUUCAUAUAGUGCCACGUACGAUCUAUUUAACUAGGCAUGGUGAGAGUGUGAUGAAUCUCGAGGCUAAGAUAGGUGGAGACUCGGAGUUGAGUGAGAGAGGUUGGGAAUAUGCUAAAGCAUUGGCUAGUUAUAUUACUAGUCAGGAUAUUCAGGGAUUGCGAGUGUGGACUAGUUGGCUGAAGAGGACCAUUCAAACAGCGAACGAUGUGAAUGCGCCUCAAGAAAGAUGGAAAGCGCUAAACGAGAUUGAUGCGGGUAUUUGUGAAGAAAUGACUUAUGAAGAAAUUGCAGAGAAGUAUCCAACAGACUUUGCUGCAAGGGAUCAAAAUAAAUUUUCAUAUCGUUAUCCAAGAGGAGAAAGUUACGAAGAUUUAGUUGCGCGGUUGGAGCCAGUAAUAAUGGAACUAGAACGACAGGGUAAUGUUCUAGUUGUUAGCCAUCAAGCGGUUUUGCGAUGUUUACUUGCUUACUUCUUGGACAAAAACGCGGAUGAGUUACCAUACCUACAAGUGCCACUACAUACUAUUAUUAAAUUAACACCUGUUGCCUAUGGUUGUAAAGUGGAACAUAUUCGAUUACCGAUUGAUGCAGUGGACACACAUCGACCAAAACCAAAGAUCUCGGGGUAUCUAGAGGAACGAUUCCGAAGAAAAGGAAAAUUGCCUCGCACGUGAUAACAACGACAUUGUAGCUUAAUAAAGCUAAUUCUAAUCGUCAUUAUGAGGUGCUGAAGACACGCAUUCUUUUGGCAGCUGGCUGCCUUUGCACGUCCGAUGCAACGCGCAUCCAUUUAACAUCCUACUUUAAAAAAUUUAGACAAAAUAUAUCUAACAGUAUCCGACGUUGUUUCUACACAAAUUAUAUGAUCAAAGGAUCCCUUUUUGUUUGAUUUUCUAACAGUAUGUGCUGUAUUCUAAUAUAUCGUUAUAGUA